CCUGCCGCAUCCUCUCAUCCGCUUUAUCCGUGUAAUGUAAACUGCAGCAAGCAUUUACGUUGCAGUUGCAUUACAGUAAUAUUGUACAGCGUUAGGCCGGGAGUGGAGCAGCAUCCGGCCGUGUAUUAUACAGAAUUGUUAUUAAUACGCCAUUCUAUCGCGUCAGUAUCAAUAUAUUGGAAACAAGGUGCGCUUUUUGAUGUUGUGCGGUUAUGCGGAAGCACUAACGAUGUUCGUCUGAGGCGAUCGUGAUUUAAAGAAAUAUUAUGUACCACAAGAUCUAUUUCUCUACAGUAAAAGUUUAUAUUGCACAAUUUUAGCGCGAUGCUAAGGACACUGCUGCUGUUAAUGUAUUGCUUGUAUUUUGGGCUUCAGAUAAAUUUUCUAAACGGGCAAAACAUGCGAGCAUGCGUAUUUAAAAACAGCUAUGCACGAAAACUUCAAUUUGAUUACAGUAAAGCGGGAGCAGCGGUUGAAUUAGCUGCUGAUUAUGUAGUCAAUGACAGCGUUUUACCGGCUGGCGUUAAUCUAGAGCUGUUUUCUAUCGAGCUCGGUCCAGAGUGUCCAGAUCAGAGUCACGCCCAGGAUUAUGUUUUGGAUCUAUGGAGUCGAGGGUUCAUCUGCAAUAUCUAUAUCGGUCCAGGAUGCACAGCCGAUGUGGAAAAUGUGUACGACAUUUCCGAUUUCCUUCGGAUUCCCAUGAUUGGAUUAUCCGGUGCCGGUGUUGGUGCCGGGACGAGUCUGGCGUUUUAUCCGUCUCUAAUUAGAAUGUCCGUUACCCACACGAAUACCCUCUCCGUAUUAUUACGUUUCUUUGCCUACUUCAAUUACACCAACAUCGCUGUUAUUGUGGAUCGGUCUGACCGGUUUUACACCGAUAUGUUUAAUGUCAUCCAGGGAACCAUCUACAGGCAAACGGACUCGCGUUUCUAUCUGUCGACGCUAUUUCGGCAAUUUAACAGCCGUAGAACUAACGCAAAGGAAAGCAUCCGAAUGAUUUUCAAGGAAAUCGAGCAAUCUGCACGAGUUGUGUGCUUAUUGGCCAAUGGAACAACCACAAGAAAAUUGAUGGUCCGGGCUGCUAAGUACAACAUGAUUUCCAGCGACUAUGUCUAUUUGGCUGUGGAGCUCUUUCAGAGCGCAACAUGGGGAUCGUUUAGUUGGCAAGUUUAUGAUGACGAUGACAAUGCAGCUCGAACAGCGUAUUCAUCGCUACUACUGGUGUCGUACAAGCAAAGCAUAUCAGCAGUUCAAGAACAGUUUGAAAGAAAAAUCAAAGAAAAAUCUCCUAAGUACGGAUACAUCUAUGCAGCCCGGGAAAAGGUGGAAACCGUUGUUGCGCAUUUCUAUGACGCAAUUGUUCUAUAUGCGUCGCUCUUAUCAUCCCUCGUGAAAAUGGGUGCUAAAGUUACGGAUAACGAGGCACUGUGGAAAAUAGCCAAUAACUACAGUUUUACGAGCCCACUCAGUGGAUUGGUCCAGCUGGACAAUAACGGAGAUCGCCUCAAUGAUUACGCAAUUAAAAAGUUCAGCGAUACUUCUUCCAGAUUUGAGCCUUUCCUUGAGCUUCCUUUCGCAACUCGCACCGUUCAGAUUGUGGACAAAAUAACAUGGAAGGAUGGAAUGUCUUUCUUACCACCGAAUACGCCGCGAUGUGGAUUUCGUGGUGACAAUCCAGAUUGCAUUGUCCGCAAAGAUUCCGGGUGGGAUGCACGCACCAUCGUGACCAUUGUGCUCAUACCGCUGCUAAUCGUCAUCUUCGGAUGCGCUACAGCGCGUUUCGUCCUGACACGAUAUUUUAAGGGGACGUUUGAUCCGUACUGGUGGCGCAUACUGGAGCAGGAAUUACGAGAACCUAGUAUUGAUGGAAUGGGAAUUACAGCUGUGCAGUCACGAUCGCAUCACAGUGCUUCCGGCUUAUCUGCUGCGCGCUUUACAACAACGUCAAGCAAGGACAAAAGUUCCAAACUUAAAGACACGAUAUCGGCCGUUAAAUCCACGUUUACCAUCGGCUCAUUAUAUCCUACCUGCAACCAAAUCUUUGUUUACAAAACUAAUCUCGUUGGAGCAACGGUGCUGCCUGUCCCGCUUAAACGGGCUAAUAUGGAGAUCGCCCAAGCAAUGCUUCCGUUGCGGCUGAUCCAACAUGUUAACUUGCAAGAAUUCUACGGCAUCGAGGUCAGCAAUGAGAACUUGUGCCUAUCGCAUAUUGGCGAACUCUGCCCAAAAGGCAAUUUAGCUGUCCUACUCAAGAGCAGUACCGUUAAGCUGGAUGAAGUGUUCAAAAUUUCUCUCGUCCAGAAUCUCGUUACUGGGCUAAGUUAUCUGCAUAAGAGUGUGGUGGCCAGUCACGGUUUUUUAUCGGAAACCACUUGUUUAAUCGACUCGCGGUUCGUGUUGAAAAUUACUGGUUACGGACUGAGUGUAUUCCGCACCGAGGCACAACUACACCCGCCGGCCAGCAACGCUGACAUUAAAAUUUUCUACGAUUAUUUGUGGCGUGCCCCGGAAUUUCUGCGUAAACCAAUGGGCCCCAAGGGACGCCAGCCGGGAGAUGUGUACAGUGUGGCUAUCCUCAUGCAUCAGAUUAUCCUGGAAAAACCGCCCUUUGGUAACCCGGCGCACGAAGAAGACCCGUGGAUUGUGGAAGACGAGGGGAAAAUUAAGGAUAUUAUUAUGGAGGUAAAACGCGGAUCUCCUCCAUUACGACCGCGCCUGGUCCGUAAUGUCGGGCCAGACUUCCUGUGGGAUUUGAUGGAGCAGUGUUGGAUGGAAAAUCCCGCUAGUCGACCCACCAUACACAAAGUACAGGAAACCAUUAAACACCGGGCCCCGCAGCCGGGUGACCGCGUUACCGACCAUCUUAUUCAGCGAAUGGAAGGUUAUGCGACUACUCUGGAAGAGGAAGUCGAGCACAAGACCCGGCAGUUUAUGGAGGAAAAGCGUCGAGGAGAAGAAAUCCUUAGCCGAAUGCUACCAAAAUAUGUAGCCCGUGCAAUCACUGAUGGAAUGCACAUAGAACCGGAGACAUUUGAUAGCACGACAGUUUUCUUCAGUCACCUGGAAGGUUUCGAGCAGAUCAUCAGUAGGGCGUCUAAUCCGUUGGAUAUCACAACGAUCCUAAAUAACUUUUACGUAAUCUGUGAUGCCGUGAUCGAUAAAUAUGAUGUCUAUAAAGUGGAGGUCGUUACGGACGCGUACAUGGUUGUUAGUGGAUUACCGGUUCCCAAUGGAAUCGAGCAUGCCAGUAUUAUUGCGAAAAUGGCGCUGGAACUUACACGGAAAAUAAGCGGAAGAGCGUUUGAUGGCUCCCCGGAUGGCACUUCGGUUGACUGCGACCUUCGAAUCGGAAUGAAUUCCGGUUCAUGUGUAGCUGGUAUAAUUGGAAUCAAGCUUCCACGAUACUGCUUAUUUGGUGACACCGUGAACAUAGCUUCCAGAAUGGAGUCAAACGGGCAAGCCGGCAAAAUACACGCCAGCACAACUACUCAGGAAUUGCUCAAGAACAACACAGAUUUCAGCUUUACUUGUAGGGGUGAAAUUACAAUCAAGGGAAAAGGCAUGAUGACGACAUACUGGCUACAUGGAAAACAGCAACAGCCACAUUAGUUUCCUUCCGUUUUUUACUUAUCCAAAUUAAAUACAUAUUAUAUUAUUCAUAUCAAACUAAGUUAGCAAAUCGACUGUAUUUACUGUAGCCCAGGAAUAAUUUUUCAAUAAAGUUUUGUGUCUAAUUUAUUCCUGAGAAAACGAUUUGCGCCAAAAAUAAUUACAAGUAUCAUAAGUCUUGCAAAUUAGCGGUCUGUCGAAAGUUAUGGUACUGCCCGAUGAUUAAGGCGGAAAGCGGUUUUAUUAUCAUUUUCCUAUUUGGAACCACGGUAAAAAAUGAACGGGGUGGAGUGAAUAUCAUUAUUGUAUCAACUAACGUUAGCCAUAACACAAACAAAUAUAUCCGCGUACCUUGGCAUUAAUCAUGAGCACCAAGCCUACAGGGCACAACUG